AUGGCCCGGGAAGCUGGCCAGGGCCUUGCCAGGCCCAUCAUGCCCAGGGGGAGGAAGAGCUCGGUAUUCCUCGCCUUCGUCUCGGUGCUGACUGCCAGGCGGUGGGCCAGUACCCGCCACACCGCUAUCCAGACCCGGACACCCUGGCCGGCACCCCUGCCGCCAGCAGCCAUGGAGGCGGUGGGCCAGUACCCGCCACACCGCUAUCCAGACCCGGACACCCUGGCCGGCACCCCUGCCGCCAGCAGCCAUGGAGGGUUCUGUGUGGACCAGUACGAGAGACGGCCCGACCAGCAGUCCACAGUGCCUGGCACAGUGGCAGAGCUGGACAGGUGGCAGCAGCCACAGCCUGGCUCUCACAGCCGACUUCGGGCCGUGGUGCAGGCCUUCUGCCAGGGCACAUCAGAAACUUCCACUCUGAUGCAGUCGGGAGGCGCUGGCCCAGCCCCCUGCCACUUGCUGUGUGACCCGAGGAAGUCCUUCCUGUCUCUGGCCCUCCUCCACGUCUGCGUCACGAGGGCCGGACCCUGCUUUGAGGUUGUGACCGUGCCCCACCCCUCGGGGGCGUCCACAGUGCAGCUGGAGGCCUCAGGGAUCCGGAGCCCUGGCUGUCGCUGCCACUCGAAACUCAAGCUAGAGCCAGGAGCUGGACCACGGUGGAGGGGAGGGAGCGAGAGGGUGCCGCCCCAACCCGUGCUGGCUCCUCCACCAUACGGGGGAUCUGGGCUUGGCCUGCAGCCCCCUCCGUCCAUCAGCAGGGGACAUAGCAUCCUGCUGCCUGUCACCCUGAGAGCACUGAUCAGGCAGCCCAGGGCGAUUGGCUGUUCUUCUCUGUCCCUGAAAGGAGCGGCGGAGCCUUCUGCCCAGGACCGCAGCAGCUCUGUGGUCUGGGGUGACCGGAAUCAGGAUGCCAGCCUGUUCCAUCAAGCUGAGGGAACCAGAGAGGAUUGUCCCCGCCUGGCACUGUCUCGGCAGAGUUCCACGCAGGAGAUCGGCGAGGAGCUGAUCAACGGGGUCAUCUACUCCAUCUCCCUGCGCAAGGUGCAGCUGCAGCACGGAGCCAGCAAGGGCCAGCGCUGGCUCGGGUGCGAGAACGAGUCUGCCCCGAGCCUCUACGAGACCUGUAAGGUGCGGACUGUGAAGGCAGGCACGCUGGAGAAGCUGGUGGAGCACCUGGUACCCGCCUUCCAGGGCAGCGACCUUUCCUACGUCACUGUCUUCCUGUGCACCUACAGAGCCUUCACCACCACCCAGCAGGUGCUGGACCUGCUCUUCAAAAGAUAUGGCUGCAUCCUCCCCUACUCCAGCGAGGACGGCGGGCCACAGGACCAACUCAAAAAUGCCAUCUCCUCCAUCCUGGGCACCUGGCUGGACCAGUACUCGGAGGAUUUCUACCAACCUCCAGACUUCCCCUGCCUCAAGCAGCUGGUGGCUUACGUGCAGCUCAACAUGCCCGGCUCGGACCUGGAGCGCCGCGCGCACCUUCUCCUGGCGCAGCUGGAGGACAUGGAUCCCAGCGAGGCUGAGCCUGAGGCUCUGUCACCAGCCCCAGUGCUAGCCCUGCAGCCAGCCGUGGAGCUGGAGCCAGCUCCAGUCCCAGUUCUGACAUCCACCCCAAUAGCAGCGCCAGCGUCGGGCCCACAGCUGGAGCCGGUAUUGACUUCAGAGCUCGACCUGGCUCCCGCACCUGCUCUGGAGCCGGAGCCCACGCCGGAGCCGACUGCAGUGCCUGCCAGGGAGCCGAAGCCCACUCUGUCACAGACUCCAGAGCUGGAGCCGGCCCCGGGCCCCGGGCUGCCCGUCGAGCCGCCCUGGCCUCCACCUGUGGCCUUGGAGAACGGACUUGGCCGGGAGCAGCCUCACGUCCUGACGUUCCCCCCGGACCUCGUGGCGGAGCAGUUCACGCUCAUGGACUCGGAGCUGUUCAAGAAGGUGGUGCCCUACCACUGCCUGGGCUCCAUCUGGUCCCAGCGGGACAAGAAGGGCAAGGAGCACCUGGCACCCACCAUCCGCGCCACCGUCGCCCAGUUCAACAACGUGGCCAACUGUGUCAUCACCACCUGCCUGGGGGACCGAAGCAUGAAGGCCCCAGACAGGGCCCGGGUGGUGGAGCACUGGAUCGAGGUGGCCAGGGAGUGCCGCGUCCUGAAGAACUUCUCCUCCCUGUACGCCAUCCUCUCUGCCCUGCAGAGCAACGCCAUCCACCGCCUAAAGAGGACGUGGGAAGAUGUCUCCAGGGACAGCGUCCGGAUAUUCCAAAAGCUGUCUGAGAUUUUCUCUGAUGAGAACAAUUACUCACUGAGCAGAGAGCUGCUCAUCAAGGAGGGUACCUCCAAGUUUGCCACCCUGGAGAUGAAUCCCAGGAGAGCUCAAAGGCGGCCAAAGGAGGCAGGUGUCAUCCAGGGAACCGUCCCCUACCUGGGCACCUUCCUCACUGACCUGGUCAUGCUGGACACCGCCAUGAAAGACUAUCUGUAUGGGAGGCUGAUCAACUUUGAGAAGAGGAGAAAGGAAUUCGAGGUGAUCGCCCAGAUCAAGCUGCUGCAGUCGGCCUGCAACAACUACAGCAUUGCACCCGAGGAGCCCUUUGGGGCCUGGUUCCGGGCGCUGGAGCGGCUCAGCGAGGCCGAGAGCUACAGCCUGUCAUGUGAGCUGGAGCCCCCGUCCGAGUCUGCCAGCAACACCCUCAAGUCCAAGAAGAGCACGGCCAUUGUGAAGCGCUGGAGCGACCGCCAGGCUCCCAGCACCGAGCUCAGUGCCAGCGGCAGCUCCCACUCCAAGUCCUGUGACCAGCUCAGGUGCGGCCCCUACCUCAGCAGCGGGGAUGUCGCCGACGCGCUCAGCGUGCACUCGGCCGGCUCCUCCAGCUCCGACGUGGAGGAGAUCAACCUGAGCUUUGUCCCCGAGUCCCCGGAUGGCCAGGAAAAGAAGUUCUGGGAGUCCGCCUCCCAGUCCUCCCCAGAGACGUCCGGCAUCAGCUCGGCCUCCAGCAGCACGUCCUCCUCCUCGGCCUCCACCACGCCUGUGGCCGCCACGCGCACCCACAAGCGCUCCGUCUCAGGGGUCCGCAGCUACAGCUCCUCACUGCCGCUCUACAACCAGCAGGUGGGCGACUGCUGCAUCAUCCGCGUCAGCCUGGACGUGGACAACGGCAACAUGUACAAGAGCAUCCUGGUGACGAGCCAGGAUAAGGCUCCCACUGUCAUCCGCAAGGCCAUGGACAAACACAACCUGGAUGAGGACGAGCCGGAGGACUAUGAGCUGGUGCAGAUCAUUUCAGACGAUCGCAAGCUGAAGAUCCCUGAAAACGCCAACGUGUUCUACGCCAUGAACUCUACUGCCAACUACGACUUUAUCCUGAAGAAGCGGAUCUUCACCAAGGGCGCCAAGGUCAAGCAUGGGGCCAGCUCAACCCUCCCUCGCAUGAAGCAGAAAGGACUCAAGAUUGCCAAGGGCAUCUUCUAA